CCUGCAAGUCAUAGACACAUUAAUGCAACAACUAGCAAAUGAGCAUCCUCGGCUCACAACUGCAUUAGAUGUUAAACCAGGGGUUGUCAAAUUGAAAGAUCGAUCGAUUACCGUUGUUUAAUUUUAAUUAUCGUAACUAUUGAUUUCACUGUCAUCGUCUCUGGUGGUCUGGAAGAGCCUAGGGAGUCAAAAUGAAAGAAGACUUGGAAACACCCAAAGCAACUGAUAAUGAUAUCAUCGAAGGUGGAUACGAGAACCCUGCUUUCCAUGAGGAUGAAAAAUCUGAGGAAGAUUCCAAGUCAAAGAAAAAGGAUAAGAAAAAGAAGACAUCUGAAAAGAAGGGAGAGUCCACUAAAAUGGUUGGAGUUUUUGAGCUGUUCCGCUUUGCUACUGGCUUGGAAAUAAUAAUGAUGAUAGUGGGUUUAAUAUGUGCAGCAGGACAUGGAGUUGCACUGCCAAUUAUGUUGAUUGUGUUUGGUCAGAUGACUGACAGCUUUGUCAACAGUGGCUUAAAACAAAACACAUCUGCUACACAGAUGAAUACCAGUUCCAAAUGUGCCGCUGCAUCGGGGGUUGACAUUGAAUCUGAAAUGACAAAAUAUGCUUACUACUAUAUUGGUAUUGGGGCGGCUGUACUGGUACUUGCAACAAUGCAGGUGGCAAUGUUCCUUUUGAGUGCUACAAGACAGACAAAAAGGAUACGUGAAAAAUUAUUUCAUGCAAUACUUCAUCAGCACAUGGGCUGGUUUGAUACUCAUCAGAUUGGAACACUAAACCAAAGAUUAACAGAUGAUAUUAACACAAUCAAUGAAGGACUUGGAGAUCGAAUCUGUAUAUUUGUGCAGUUCUUUUGCACAUUUGUUGCAGGUUUUAUAAUUGGAUUUAUAUACGGAUGGAAACUUACAUUGGUAAUUUUGUCGGUCAGCCCCCUGUUAGCAGCAUCAGCAGCUGUCUUGUCAAAGAUUCUGGCCUCCUUAACUAGUAAAGAACUGUCUGCGUAUGCAAAGGCUGGAGCAGUUGCAGAAGAGAUUCUGGUGUCUAUAAGGACUGUGGUUGCUUUUAAUGGACAGAAAAAAGCUGUGGAAAAAUAUGAAACCAACCUACAAGCAGCUAAAGAGCUUGGUGUGAAAAAGGUUAUCACUACAAAUAUAUCUCUGGGACUCAGCCAGUUUAUUAUAUUUGGGUCCUAUGCUCUGGCUUUUUGGUAUGGAACAAAGCUAGUUGUUGAUGACCCACAAAACUACACAAUUGGAAACAUGCUGACUGUUUUUUUCUCCGUGCUGAUCGGUGCAUUCGCAUUGGGCCAAGGAGCACCAAAUUUGGAAAAUGUUGCAAAUGCUCGUGGAGCUGCCUAUGAAGUCUACAAAAUUAUUGAUUUGCCUCGACCAAUUGACAGCAGUUCCAAGCAAGGGUACAGACCUGAUCACUUGAAAGGUGACAUUGAAUUCAAGAAUAUACACUUCAGUUAUCCUUCUCGGCCUGAUGCAAACGUUCUCCAAGGACUGAGUCUAAAAAUUGAAAGUGGAAAGACAAUUGCACUGGUUGGAGCCAGUGGUUGUGGUAAAAGCACGACAAUUCAGCUUCUUCAGCGGUUCUAUGAUCCAGCCGCAGGAGAGAUUACUUUGGAUGGGCAAGACAUUCGCUCUCUAGAUGUCAAGUGGCUGAGAGAAAAUAUCGGGGUGGUUAGCCAGGAGCCUGUCCUGUUUGCCACCACAAUUGCUGAAAACAUUCGCUAUGGCAGAGAUGAUGCUAGCGAUGCAGACAUAGAGCAAGCAGCAAAAGAGGCCAACGCUUAUGACUAUAUAUCAAAACUUCCUGACCGCUUUAACACAAUGGUUGGUGAAAGAGGAGCUCAGUUGAGUGGAGGACAGAAGCAGAGAAUUGCUAUUGCUCGUGCCAUUGUUAAGAAUCCCAAAAUCCUUCUCCUGGAUGAAGCCACUUCAGCUCUGGAUACUCAAAGCGAAUCCAUUGUGCAGGAGGCCCUAGAUAAGGCAAGAGCUGGCCGUACUACUAUUAUAAUUGCCCAUCGCUUAUCAACGAUCAAGACAGCUGAUGUUAUUGCCGGUUUUGAUAAUGGAACUGUGGUUGAACAAGGAACCCACAAUGAGCUCAUGUUAAAGAAAGGAGUGUACUACUCUCUUGUAAUGCAGCAGAGUACCAGUAAAAAUACAGAGGAAAGUGAGGAAACAGAAACUGACGAAGAAGCAGAAUUGUUGGAAACCGAACAGUCUGAAGACACCAGCUUGAAAAGAAUGGGAACCCUCAGGAGAAGAUCAACCAGAAGAAAAAUUAAAUCAAGAAACUCCAUAAAGAGAGCAAAUGAAGCCAAAAGAAAUGAGGAAGAUGAUGUUCUUCCAGAUGUUCCUUUUACUAAAAUUCUGGCACUGAAUAAACCAGAAUGGCCAUACUUGUUAGCUGGACUGAUUGCUGCUAUUAUUGGAGGAGGUGUUUAUCCCGCUUUUUCAAUUGUAUUCGCAAAAAUUAUUGGGGUUUUUGCAGAGCCUGACCCUGAUAUAAAAAGGGAAAAAACUAUAAUGUUUUCCCUUAUAUUUCUUCUUCUUGGAGGAAUUGCCUUUUUAACCAACUUUUUCCAGGGAUUCAUGCUUGGAACAUCUGGUGAAAUUCUAACAAUGAGGCUACGUUACCAAUCUUUUAAAGCUAUGUUGAGACAGGAGAUUGGCUGGUUUGAUGAUAAUAAAAAUGCCACAGGUGUAUUAACAACAAGACUUGCAACGGAUGCUUCACUUGUUAAAGGAGCUGCUGGAACAAGACUGGGUUUGUUUGCCAAUGCAGUUUGCACUCUAGGAGUGUCUAUAAUUGUUGCCUUUGUUUAUGGCUGGCAAUUAUGUUUGCUCAUCCUAGCUUGUCUCCCAUUCCUUGCUGGAGCAAAUUUCAUUCGAAUGAAAUCGAUAGCAGGACAUGCCUCCAAAGACCAGAGUGCACUGGAAUUAUCUGGAAAGAUUUCCACAGAAACUGUUGAAAAUAUUAGAACAGUUGUUGCUUUAACACGAGAGGAUGUUUUCUUAGGAAUGUAUAAGGAAAGUUUGGAAGGGCCUUACAGAGUAUCGCUGUCAAAAGCACCCCUUUAUGGACUGACCUAUUCUUUUGCUCAGGCAAUUUCCUUCUUUGUGAAUGCAGCUAUUUUUAGGUUUGGAGCAUGGUUGAUUGCACACUGUCUCACAGAAUAUGAAAAUGUAUUUGUGGUAUUUUCUUCAAUAGUAUUUGCUGCAAUGAAUAUUGGACAGACCUCAUCUUUUGCACCAGACUAUGCCAAAGCAAAAAUGUCUGCCCAAAGAAUAUUCAUGCUGCUUGUCGAUAAGCCAACAAUUGAUAUCUACAGUGAAGAAGGAGAAAUGCCAAGUGACUUUGAAGGCAAUAUUGAAUUCCGCAAUAUACGUUUUGCAUACCCUACCAGACAGACUGCUCAGGUCCUACAAGGACUCAAUGUGACGGCUGGCAAAGGACAGACUCUUGCGUUGGUGGGAGGAAGUGGGUGUGGAAAGAGCACUUUGGUGCAGUUGCUGGAGAGAUUCUAUGACCCAGCUACUGGACAAGUGCUUGCAGAUGGGAAAGAUACAAAGAGCUUGAACCUUGCCUGGCUGCGGUCUCAAAUGGGAUUGGUGUCUCAGGAACCCAUUCUCUUUGACUGCAGUAUUGCUGAAAACAUUCAGUAUGGAGACAACAGUAGAGUGGUGACCCAAGAAGAAAUUGAAGCAGCAGCUAAAAGUGCAAACAUCCACGACUUCAUUCAGAAUUUACCUGAGAAAUACAGCACAAAUGUUGGGGAUAAAGGGGCACAGCUUUCCGGAGGACAGAAACAGAGAAUUGCCAUUGCGCGUGCUCUGAUCCGUAAACCGAAGGUGCUCCUUUUGGAUGAGGCUACUUCAGCCCUCGAUACAGAAAGUGAAAAGAUUGUACAGCAAGCCUUGGAUGAAGCCCGACAAGGCCGCACUUGCAUUGUCAUUGCCCAUCGAUUAUCUACCAUUAGAAAUGCAGAUAAAAUUGCUGUCAUUCAGGAUGGACAAAUUGUAGAGCAAGGAACUCACAGUCAGCUGAUUGCAAAAGAAGGUGCUUAUUAUGCCCUUGUUAAUGCUCAGGUUUCUCAUUAACUUAACAUGUUAACUUGGUUAAUUUGAACAUUAUACAGUAAAUGUAUACUACAUAUAUUUUUGUAUAUAUUUUAAUAAAAGUGGUAAUAAAACAAAUGUGACCCAGGACAGCGAAAUCAGUCACUUGGUCAAAAAUUUCAAAAAACGGUUUAUUGUGGCAAUGGAUUAGACAUAUAAUAAGUUUUAAAAUAAUACCACACUUAUUGAUACAUCUCAAAUGGGGCCCGAGAUAUGACAUUUUGAAAUCAAUGUCAGAAGACGCCAUUUUGAGAAAAUUAAGUUGAAACAUGGGACACCUACUUUCCAGCUAUUUCCUUAGCAACCAUUAUGUUAGAAUUCUGACACAUACACCAAAUGUUCACCAAUAACUCCUCAUACCUUUCUGCAAAAUAUGACAAAUUAUAUGAUA